GAGCGAGUUCAUGUAACCUCCACAGUCCAGUUAGAAAAACAUCUCCUGCUAACUGCACUGAUGUUUCCUGUCUGGGUGUGGGGGAGGUUCUAGAAAGGAUGUAAGCAGCGUUCAGCAUACAGUCUAUAUGUAAGCUGCUGCCUUCUACUUAUUCUGAUGACACGACAGAAAUUUCCAGAUCGAUUGAGAGGUUUCGGAACCCAAAGGCUAUGCAUUCCUAAGAAGAACAAGGCAAGAAGCAGCAUCCUUUCCAACUAUACCGCCUGGCGGAUCAGCAGCUGGAGCUGUCACACAGGGGUGUACGCUGGCAUCAGUAUCGCCACCACGUCGUGUGGCGAGCCGCAGCGAAAGACUUCAAUCCAGCACAGCACGCUGCAGCUGGGGAGACAGAUGUAGACGCCGCAUCGGGAAAACAGGUUAUUCAAGAAAGAAAAACAUUGACACGUGAAUGAUCUAAAACCCUGCACUAUUACUAAUGGGAAUCAUGGUGGAAGACCAAGUGUAAUCACCUGGAGUUUUGGAAAGAAACAUAAAACACAUGUAUUAUUUCCUUCUGUUGUAAAUCUUGCCUACAGCCAGUUUCAUACAAUAUUGCACGGAAGUAUUGAUUUUGGGAUAUCUGGAAUUGUCUGUUGAGAGAAUAACGAGAUGGUGAAUUAUCGGUUGCACAUUCUUCUGCAUAUUCUCCUCAACCUCAUGCGGUAAAUAUUUAGCAGCAUUUAAAAAAAUGUUGGAAUCUGACCUAAAUGAUUUUGUGGGAAUCCUAGGUCUCAUCUUGGUCUAUCUUCGUGUCUACUGAAAAAAUGGAACAUUAUUUUGCAAAGCAACAUGCUUAAUAAACCUGAGGGUAAAAAGAAGAACUGGUUUUAUUUUCUGGAUCUGGAAAACUGAGAGCCUGUGAUAUGAUGCACUGUGUUCGCUGUCACUUCCGAUUAAGCCAUCACAAAAGGACAGUAUGGAUCCCACCACUAUUAUGCGUUGUGGCCUUCGUGAUCUACUUCAAUUACUUCUGUCCAGACUACUCUAAUCCAGUGGAGGUUGUAGAAGAGUUUGAUAAUCAUGUGUGUAUGUGUGGAUUCUGUAAGCCAAAUAAGCUAAAGACGCCAUGGUUCGCAAAACGAUUCAAUGCAUCUGUACAACCUCUACUAGCAAGUAAGGAUCAAGUGAUCCCGACUCACGUUCUAAAAUGGUGGUUGAGUCUCCAAGGAAAUAACAAUGCAAGUGACAUUCCUGGAAUACUUGGUCAGAUGUUCAAGGUUAUACCCAAUGGGAACCCAUAUGAAGAGGUGUACAACAGACCAUGCCGAACCUGUGCUGUUGUGGGGAAUUCCGGUAACCUUAAAGGAUCACGUCAUGGGAAAAAAAUAGAUUCCCAUAAACUUAUCAUCAGAAUGAACAGAGCUCUCACUUCCGGAUUUGAAGAAGAUGUGGGCUUCAGGACCACUCAUCAUUUUAUGUAUCCAGAAAGUGCUAUGCACAUUUCAAAAGGGGUCCAUCUAGUUCUGGUGCCAUUUAAACUGCAAGACCUUAGGUGGAUUAGCAGUGCCCUCUCCACAGGAGAGAUCAAGUUUACAUAUACAAGGGUCAAGCAAUACAUUCAAGCUGAUAAGGACAAGGUAUUAAUCUUUAAUCCAGCUUUUUUCAAAUACAUCCACGAUAAUUGGACAAAUCAUCACGGGAGGUAUCCAUCUACUGGAAUGCUGGCUGUCUUCUUUGCUCUACAUAUAUGUGAUGACAUAUCAGUGUUUGGUUUUGGUGCAGACAGGAAUGGAAACUGGCACCACUACUGGGAAAAGAACAAAUUUCCGGGGGCCUUCCGCUGGACCGGGGUGCACAAUGCUGAGUUUGAGUCUGAACUCCUAUCUAUGUUGGCCAAAGAAGGAAGGUUGAAAUUUUACAAGUGAUGGAUGUAUCUCUAAAGCCAUAAGAGAACACUGUGGGAGUUUUUUUUGUACUUUGGUAAUAAAAAAAUUGCUGCUCAUGAUAAA